CAAUGUGCAGUACACAGUCUGUCCACACUCCGCACAUCAAAUGGGCAAGCGGACGCAGCAUUCCUGGCUUUGAAUGCUCAUCUCGUCGAACUGGAAUAGUGGGAGUUGAUAGACCAGCCGGAGCUGGAGCCGGAGCUGGGGCGGCGCCCGGGAAUGCUCCGUCGUCGCCCUCGCUAAAGUAAUUCUUCUUUACGGUGACAGUCGGCUAACUGUUAGCUUCUGGGCUACAGCGACUUCGCGCUUUCCUGUCGGGAUGUGGUCCGAACGAGGCUCUUUUGUCCAAGGGGUGGCCCUGGGAGGCGUCUUCAGUCUAUUGCUCUCGCUCCUGGGCAGUUACAGCCCCGGGUCCGGCUCGGAGGACCGUCACCAGCACCAUCACGUCCAGGCGCCGAGUAGCAACGACCUGAAGCAACUAUCGGACUCCCAGAUGCAGGAGUUGAAAGAUCAAGUGCGCGUGUAUUGCAUCGUCAUGGUGCAGCCGAAGAUUCUGGUCUACUGGGCAGCGGCCAUGGGCACUUGGAGCAAACACUGCGACAAGGCCGUGUUCUACACUUCGGAAUCGUCAAAGGCCCUCGAGGCGGUCGAACUGCACGAAAGAGACGACUGGGCGAGGUUGUGUAAAGCUCUUAAACACGCCUAUGAGAAUGCCGGGGACCUGCGCUGGUUCUUCGUGGCGCAGCCCACCACCUUCGCCAUCAUCGAGAACCUCAAGUACCUGCUGCUCACCAAGGACCCCGGCGAGCCCUUCUACAUGGGCAACGCCUUGAAGUCCGGGGAGCUGGAGUACGUGGCGUACGAGAGCGGCAUCGUCCUCAGCUACGAGGCUCUGAAAAGGUUCGUGCACGUGCUGAACAACAAGGAAAUGUGUCCCGUCAACGUGAACCACCUGUGGAAGCUGAGCGAAGACAAGCAGCUGGCCGUGUGCCUUAAGUACACGGGCGUAUUCGCAGAGAACGGCGAGGACGCGCGAGGCAUGGGCCUGUUCAACGGCAAGAGCGUGGAGGCGCUGAUAAAGGACAGCAUGAAGAACAACCCCAAUGACGUGGUGGAGGGCUGCUGCGCCGACUUGGCCGUCACGUUCAACGGCAUGACCCCAAACCAGAUGCAGGUGAUGAUGUACGGUGUCUACCGGCUUCGUCCGUACGGCCACGAGUUCCACGACUUGCUGACGUUUGACCCACCGGAAGGUUCGGACAAUGACUAGGACCGACUGGUUGCACCGGGCCCUUUUUGUACUAGCUGCUGGGUGGGAAGAUGGUUUUCUAACUGGAUCCUCACUGGGGGGAAAUCCAGUUUUUACAAGUUUUGUACCUGUUGCACUUUGCACCUCAUUCCUGUGGUGUUGAUAAACACAGGCAACGGGCACAGACCGACCUUUGAAUGAAGACUAAGCUAGGAAUUGCGUUGAUAAUGUGACAUGGCUUACCUGAAAUUUUGUUUUGUCAUAUUGUUAUACAGCUUUUUUUGUUUGUUUUUAAUAAAUAUCAAAUUAUGCCUGUGUGUUCCCAAAGUUGCGUAACUGGACACAUGAAGUACAGACACAACAUAAAUCACGCCAUGUCCUGUUUGCUCUGUUUUUGACUGCUAUGGAUUUACAAUGUGCAAUGGACUCCCGCAUGUGUGUGUUUCGGUACCCGCGGAUGCACCAAUUGGUGGAUUCGUUUUGUUUUUCUUUUUGGGGUGGGAAACGGUACCAGAAAAUGCUUGCUGGGGGUUUAUCUCUGCUUAUUCACGUUUUUUCUCUCUCCCUACAAUGCCUAUAGCAUUUGAUCCAGACCGCCAUGCAAUUCUUAAAAAAAGUUUCAAAAACUAUUUAACCCAAAUUUGUUUGAUUGGGAUUUUUUUUAUGUAUGGAGGAAAUCAUAAAUGUAAUGACAGAUAAAACCCUGAAAAGGAAGGUUAAUUGUACCGAUUUAGAGACUGAAUGUGGGUGUGUGUGUUGAAUGAUCCUUUUUGAAUAAUCUGCACUUGGCACUAACAAGAAAUGUGAUUUGUAAGAAUUGUGAAACUGGAUAUCAAGUCCUGUCAAUGAUUAUUAAAGACAGUUUAAUUUACAA